AUUUAAGGCAUUAUUUGGAUAAUAGGACCCAUCCACAUAGAAUUUCUGUUCAUUUGUGGGGUUUCCUCUUCUUGCAAGUUUACUGCCUGGCCAAUUCUUUAUAUAAAGAUCAAGAGUUGACAGUAAAUGCAUAGAAAUUGCUAGCUGCUUUACAUUCAACAUGGAGAGUGGUUCAAUCUCUGUCGAUGGAGAAGCCCAGCUUUGCGGCACCACCAAAACCAAACACGGUGGAUGGAUCACCUUCCCCUUCAUUAUAGCUACUUUAGCUGGGUUAACACUAGCCGGAGGAGGGUGGCUGAGCAACCUAAUUGUUUACCUGAUCGAUCAAUUCCAUAUAAACAGCAUCGAUGCUGCUCAAAUAAACAACGUGGUUAGUGGCUGCACGAGUUUGUUUCCCAUCGUUGGAGCAAUCGUUGCCGAUUCAUUUCUUGGUUCUUUCGCUGUCAUCUGGAUUUCCUCUAUCAUUUCUUUGCUGGUAAUAAAACAGAAUCUCACCAUUGCUAGAAUUUCUUCUACCCUCUAG